UCCAGGACGCUGUGAGAGCUGCCCCCUCAGACAAGAGCUGAAGGCUGGCGAGGAAGCGACUGCUUAGCAGCCCAGGAUCUCCAUCUGCCCUCAGUGGGAAGAGAGGAAGACACAGUGAGAGAGAAAGAGUGAGAGAUUCCUCCCGGCACUGGCACAAUGCGCACUCUCAUCACCCUUAUGCUCCUGGCUGUCUUGGUGAUGGCUGCUACUUGCUAUGAGUCCCAUGAGAGCAUGGAAUCCCAUGAGUAUCUCAAUCCCUUCAUCAACAGGCGAAGGGCCCAUGAUUUUAUACAAGCUGACACAAGACUAGAAGCCAUCUCCCAGGAGAGGAUCAGGGAACGCAAUAAGGCACCCCAGGAACGUCAGAGGGAGAUCUGUGAGGACUACUACCCCUGUGAACUGUAUGCUUUUCGCCAUGGCUAUGCUGCUGCUUACAGGCACUAUUUUGGGAGGAGGAGGACUAAGUAAAAGAUGUCCUGUCCCCACCCUGGGGCCUGGAGCCCAGGGUAGCCUCCUCCAAAAUGCAAUGGGCCUGAAACAUAUUCAGCUGCUUGUGUCCCUGUAUGUUAUCCUGCCUGCUGCUUCUCUCCCAUGUAGCCAUGGAUUCCUACACUGUGUUAAUUAGCCCUGAGCUGAUGUAGCAAGGAUCAGAGAGAGUUCAGGAUGUGGGUGUUUACUACAUAAUAAACUGCUGGUUUGAUACUAUC